GGUAUUCUAGAGCGCUUAGAUGGUGGAGAAAUUGUGAUUGGAGAUGGAGGAUUUGUCUUUGGUCUUGAAAAGAGGGGAUACGUAAAAGCUGGGCCGUGGACUCCUGAAGCAACGGUUGAACACCCAGAAGCAGUUCGUCAGCUUCACCGGGAAUUUCUCAGAGCUGGGGCCAAUGUUCUGCAGACAUUCACCUUUUAUGCCAGUGAGGACAAACUAGAGAACAGAGGCAAUUAUGUAGCUGAGAAAAUAAGUUGCCAGAAAGUGAAUGAAGCUGCUUGUGACAUUGCAAGAGAAGUGGCUAAUGAAGGCGAUGCUUUAGUGGCUGGAGGAGUCAGUCAAACGCCAUCAUACUUAAGCUGCAAGGAUAAAGCAGAGGUUAAAGCAGCCUUUCGAAAGCAACUGGAUGUCUUUAUGAAGAAGAACGUGGACUUUCUAAUUGCAGAGUAUUUUGAACAUGUUGAAGAGGCUGUCUGGGCAGUUGAAGUUCUAAAAGAAUCUGGAAAGCCAGUUGCAGCUACGAUGUGCAUUGGUCCAGAAGGAGACAUGCAUGGUGUGCCCCCUGGACAAUGUGCUGUCCAACUGGUAAAGGCUGGUGCUUCUAUUGUUGGAGUCAACUGCCAUUUUGAUCCAGAUACUUGCCUGGAAACUGUGAAACUGAUGAAAGAAGGCUUGCAGGCUGCUAAACUGAAAGCCCACCUGAUGUCCCAACCACUUGCUUUCCAUACACCUGACUGUGGAAAGCAAGGGUUUAUUGAUCUUCCAGAGUUUCCCUUUGGUCUGGAGCCAAGGAUUGUAACCAGAUGGGAUAUUCAAAAAUAUGCAAGAAAGGCCUAUGACUUAGGAAUUCGCUACGUUGGAGGUUGCUGUGGAUUUGAGCCAUAUCACGUCCGAGCAAUAGCUGAGGAGCUGGCUCCUGAAAGAGGAUUUUUGCCAGAAGCUUCUGAGAAACAUGGGAGCUGGGGCGAUAGCCUGAGCAUGCAUACCAAACCCUGGGUCAGAGCAAGGGCAAGAAAAGAAUACUGGGAGAAUCUGAAGCCUGCUUCAGGCAGGCCAUAUUGUCCUUCAAUGUCAAAGCCAGAUGGCUGGGGGGUAACCAAAGGAGCCAAGGAGCUGAUGCAACAGAAAGAAGCAACAAGUGAACAACAGCUGAAGGAGCUCUUCCAGAAACAGAAAUUCUAAUCCACUGCAGUUGUGUAAAUGUUAGAAUGAUUUAUCUACAGACCAUCUCAUGCUUCACGAGGAAAACCUGUGAAGAUGAGUACCCUGUUGAUUUAUCAGUUAAUGUGUAAUGAAAGAGACAAAAUUCAGAAAGAAUGUGAUUACAGAUUAAAGAGAA